CGAGACUUCUCUGAAUGCGGCCAACGAAUGCAGCCUACUUUUCCCCAAUUUGAAGGAUACAUCUGAUGUACACUCCGCGGCCUACCAUAUCCCAGGGUGCAAUGCGCGCAGGGAAGAGAGAGUUUUUUUCAAAUGAAAUGGCUUCCGGUCUCCCCAGCAGAGUGGAUUUAAAAGCAGCAGCAUGCGGAGGAAUCACUAAUAAAUGACAAUUCUGGAGAAAUUGAUCUGCUGGAGAAGGACUCCUAACCCCAGCGGAUCAUCAGGACAGAGCUGCCAUCCAGCUGGACACCCCUUGGUGCCAGGGGUGGCGGGUACUGUAGGCUAGGGAAGGCUAAGCCUUCCCAAAUAUUUUUGUCACUGCAUCCUGGUAAAAUUUUAAUAUAAUGUAUGUCUUUGAUUCUUUGACAUUAGCGCUGCUAUGCAGCCACCGGACGGCGUGCAGUUGCACGCGCAGGUAUCUUUGUGUCAAGUGGGCUUCGCUGUCGGAUCGUGAUGUGAUUGGCCAACCCCUCUGUGGCCAAUCACAUCACGAUCCGACCGUGAAGCCCGCUAAUUUCAAAUGCAAAAUUAGCUACUGUAUAGUAUAGUGUACAUUGGCGGUCGAAAAUGGAUAUACAGACUUUUUUCAAGGCAAACAUUACAACUAAUCCCGAUGCCACGACGAACACCUGGAAAGAUAAGGUUACAACGAAGCCGGGCAGUGCCUGGGGCAAGCCGGGAAUCGAGCCGGGAGCAGCGGGACGCGAGCCGGGAGCCGAGCCGGUAGCGGCAGGAGGCAAGCCGGGCGCUGCGGGAGGCAAGCCGGGAGAGAUGGGAGCAGCCCAGCCAGUCAGUACUCUGCCUCUGAGUCUGACCUACGUUAGUCCUACUGCCGCCGCUACUGACUUGGGAGACAGAGAAAGCGGCCCAUCUCAGCCCAUCCUGCCGGACUACCCAAAAAUGGUUUUCAGGAAACAGAGAAGAUCGUUUUCAUCUGAGUACUACAAGACCUACACUUUUGUAGAAUACUGCAAAGAGGCAGACGCUAUGUUCUGUUUUCCAUGCAGGCAAUUCCAGUGCAGCAGCGGCUACAGAGAUUCUGCCUUUUUAACUAACAGUGUACGGGAUUGGAAGAAUGUCUUGCUAAAAUUACAACGACUUGCGGAAUGUGGAUCACAUCGGCAGUGCAUGGAGCUGUGGCAAGGCUAUGUAGCAUCUAAAACCACUGGUUCUGUCGCUGCCCAGUUGAGUGGCUCUCACAGAGCAAUUGUUAAGUGUAACAGGGAAUAUGCAGCCGAUAUUGUGGAUAUGGUGCUUUAUCUAGGCAAACAGGGGCUUCCUCUACGAGGGCAUGAUGAACGGGAGAGCUCUUCGAAUCGAGGACACUUUUUGGAGCUAUGCAAAUGGUUCUCAAAGCGCAACACUGUUUUCAGUUCCAGGUUAAAUGGCCCAUUCAACCUUACAAGCCAUGACACUCAAAAUGAACUGUUGGAAAUAGCAGCGAAACAAGUACAAAACAUCAUCAUUCGUAGCAUUGAGGAUAACGGAUUUUACACUAUUCUUGUGGAUGAGGCACGUUCAUUUAAGCAGGAGCAAAUGACAGUGUGCGUCAGAUAAGCAGAGGGACUGGAAAUCAAAGAGCGAUUCCUUGGAUUUGUGGAUUGUUCAGAAGGGGCAGACGCAGAGGCACUAUUCUGCCAAAUCAAGCAGUUUCUGGAGCAAUGCGGACUGUACCGUUUACCAAUUGUGGCACAGGGUUACGAUGGGGAAGCCGCCAUGUUAAUGGUGUUCAAACAAAACUACGCCAGGAUCACCCGUCGGCUAUUUACAUCCAUUGCAUGGCCCACAAAUUGAACCUUGUUUUGGUGGAUGCGUGUAAGUCUAAUCACACAGCAAUGGGGUUUUUUCUCACCCUUGAGAGUCUGUACACCUUCUUCGCCCAACCAGGAACUCAUCAUGCAUACAAACAGCGUCAAAAUGAGCUGGGUGUUAAAGCGGAGCUUACAGCACUGAGCGACACAAGGUGGGCUUGUAGGUGGAAAAACGUGUCUGCUGUAAAAGACUCUAUGGAGGCCCUGAUCUCCACCUUGUCCGAACUGUCGGUGCCACCGUAUCGCAGAUUUGUUGAGGCGUCUGGUCUGUUAAAUGCUGUGAGAAGUGCAGAUUUCUGCGUGAGUCUGAUUAUUUUCCAUCAGUUACUCAGCAAGGUGCAUGUCACACACAAGGCACUUCAAGGGAAAGAGACAAUCCUGUCUAAGGCUGCAAGUGUCAUUGAGUCCAUGAUGAAAUGCUUUGAAAACAUGAGGGCAACAAGUCAAAAGUGUGAGGACAUCUGGAUUGAAAUCCAAGCAUUCUGUCAGUCAGUUGGCGUAUGCAUUGAAGAGAAUGACGAGAGACCGUGCAAGAGGCCUGUCAAACAACCGUCUGCUCUCGACUGUGCAUUUGUCACCAGCACCCUUGGCCAAAGAGAGUACCAAACAAGCACAGACAAAAACAGCUUGAAAAAUAAAUGGGCAAUUCAGCUCUACUAUCCUGUGCUGGAUACACUUCUAGGUGAGUGUUCAACACGGUUUUCACCGCAGUCAAUGGCCAUUGCAGAAAGUGUGGAUGCAGUGUUUAAAUGUGACUUCAGAGGAGCAGAGAGCCUUCUCAGCCAAUACGCAAGCCUCCUCUCCAUCAACCCAAAACUUGCACUGACUGAGAUGACAAUGGUGACAACAAAACUCCCAAGCGUAUCGGUUGAAAAUAUAAAAAAGGAACUUGCCACUGGACAUUAUCCUAACUUCAUAAAGCUGUUUUGCCUGGCUCUCUCGUUACCCGUUGGCACUGCAACAUGUGAGAGAUCGUUCUCAACAAUGCAGCGUAUCCGAAACUGGCUCAGAACAACGAUGCAUCAGGAGAGGUUGACAACACUGAGCCUGCUUCACAUUGAGAGCAACCUCACAGAGAAAAUCAAAGCAGAGGACAUUAUUGACGCCUAUGAUGCCACGGCGAAGCGUUGCAUAUUGCUCCAUUAAGGUAGGACAAUGUUAUAAGCUGCCAAGUAUUGAUAUUGACACUGUUUAUUGUUUAAAAAAGUUAAUGUUAAAAAUAAAUAAAUACAUGGACAGAUACAAGGAAUAAAGCAGCAACCUCUACUGAUAAACAAUACAAAUAAAAAGCUUAUACGGCACCGGGCAGGGGUAGACAUUAAGGGUAAAAAUCUAUUUUCAUUAUCAAUGGCCCCACAUUGUAACGUUGUACUUGUAACAACGACAACCGCCUCACAAUACGCUAUGUUGUAGCGUUAAUAAACGAAACAAUUUAAUUUAGUAGUUUAGCCUUCCCAAACCUGAGCCUCACGCGCCACCUAUGCUUGGUGCUGAAGAAAGCAAAACGGCGAUCAGGAACAUCCUCCACCCAGACCUCUGCUUACUGCCGUCCUACAGACUUGUGUCUUACUUUCAGAAUUUGAUUUUGUAUGUGUCCUAACGAUUAUAGCUUGAGUCUGUCUGAUUCCCCAAACAGCUGCUUCUAUAUACUUGUUGCACAUAUAAUACAAAUAAAC